AGCAAACAAGUGGGAGUGUGUUAUGGAAAAGUUGUUUUGAUGGAAAAAUAAUGCUUUCCAUUUUAUUUCAAAUUAAAGGCUGUUUAGGAUAAACUUUUCGUUGCGCUGAUGCCGCCUGUCUCCUUUUACACCACAGUUUCGAAACGGGGACAAUUCCGUCGUUGAUGUUCGACGUUUGGGAGCAGAACGUUUUAGAUCGCGCCGAGAUACUAGUGUGUUAAAUGCUUUACGCUCGGACGGAACGAUGUGCUAUUUGGAAGGAUGUGCGUUUGGAAAUAUAAGCUAAAGUUUUGGCGACGGCAGGCCUUAAACCGAGUGGUAUUGGAAUAGCUGUCGAAUUGAGGAAGUUAAUUAAGUGCAAUAUCUGAGGUGUAAUUGUGAAUUAAACGGCGCGUAAGAAAAGUCUGAAUAUGGAGACAAGUAAAUCGUUUUUCAUUCGGGAUUUAUUAGGCGAUCUCAUUUCUGGUCGACAAACCGCCGAUUCACAGCAGGGAUGCCUCACAUCGGAAACCGACGAGGACGACAACAGUGACAUCGACAUCGAGGACCGUUCUUCGCCGGAAUCGACGUUUUACUCCCAGGCACAUCAGUCGCAGCAGCAUCCACAAUUGAGUUCUUGUGGUGGAGGAAGCGGUGCAAUGUUAAAUGUUAACCAUCAUCACCAGGGAAUGAUUUCCGCAAACGGAUCGAUUAGUGUCGAUGCACCGAAUGGUUUGAUCAUCAAGGCGGGCAGAAAACCGCGAAGGCGACGAACGGCAUUUACCCACGCUCAGUUGGCAUACCUGGAGCGAAAGUUUCGGUGUCAAAAAUAUUUAUCAGUGGCGGACAGAAGUGAUGUAGCUGAUGCUUUGAAUUUAUCAGAAACUCAAGUUAAAACCUGGUAUCAGAACAGACGGACCAAAUGGAAGCGCCAAAACCAACUCCGAUUGGAACAGCUACGACAUCAGGCUACCCUGGAGAAAGAAUUGAUAAACAACCAAGAGCCGACGGCAAAUUCCAUGCAAUGCUGUCCCACCUCCCUAUCAUCGUUCAGUCAGAAUCCGUGCAAUUUUCUCACGUCGGCCGCAGCAGCGGCAAUAUUCCGAAACGUGUCCUACGCACAUGGUUGUCCCCUAUAAUUUAGUGACCUAUUGUCAACCCUGCCAACUUCCACUUGCUCCAGAUGAAUGAAAUGUUAUAUGACUGAUUUUAGACACACCGCAGAUUAGAGGAACUUGUCAUGUGUUUUGGUGUAAUUUAUGUGUAUAGGAAGAUGAUUUGUAAAUAGCUCGGUGUUUGUUACGACGGCUAAUAGUAAUGCUAAACCUGUAAUGAUUAUAAGAGCACAAAACUCUACAAACAAGCAUC